GCUUCUUGGUCCUCAAAGAAUUGUCUGCACUGUUUCAUUUGGGCUGCCUUCCCGAAUCUUCCGGUUCGGGACGAGGGGAAAAAAAAAAAUUCGUGCUUCUGGAGCUGCAUAAUGACACGGAUUGUUCCGAAUUGUGGAUGUGAUGCCGGACUCGUCGCCUGUGGACCGGUGCUAUUUUUGCCCCUUGCAGUGGCAACAUAAUGGCGCGGUCAAAAGCCUCGGGUUGUCGGAAAACGCCUCUCGAAACAACUGCAAAGGCGACUUGCAUUUAUCAUACCACAACUGGGGCCUAAUUUACAUAACCCGAUCAUAUUUUGCGGGCCCAUAAGUCAACCUCAUGACCCUGCGGCCGAAAAUGGACGUCCCCAUCUUGCGGGUGACGUGUGAAGGUCAAAAGCCAAUUCCAUCAUCAUAGCUCCACAUAUAACCCGGGGCUCCGCUAGUGAUCGGAAAUCUAUGAGGGCUGGCCCAGGAGAAUCCGGCACAUGAUACUUUUUGUUGGAAGAGCUGGUGUGCCCCUGCUCAUGGAAAGUUUUUAAAUGAUAUCCCGGGUGGACGUUCCUGUGUUUGAUCUCAAUGAUGGAUAUCGCAUCUGCAGGUGAAAUGUACACCGUUGAGCAAUUCACCUUCAUCGUCUGUCGCGAUCUCAAACGAUAAACAGCCACCGAUUUUGUUUGACUAAACCGCGCCAUAUGAGCAACCACCAAAUCUGGAAACGAAAACUUCGACCUCUGAAAACACAGACGUUUUCCACUCGCCUUCAUCAUCUCUCCCACUGCAGCGACCGGCUUCCGAAGAGUGACUGUUCCUUGUUCUUCACUGAUUCUCCAGUGGCUCCUCCCAUUAACAUCAUCUCUGGGAGUUGUGAUAUUCAGACUCAGUGUUGCCCUAUUGCGCUGCUCAAGUGCUGGCACUUAGAUACUUGAAUAUCUGCUUAUGCCCAGUCGAGACAGGCAAGAAGACUUCGGUGUUUCGUGGAACAUAGCCAGCUUGACAAAGGAGGUCAAAGCAAGCGCCUCAAACCAGACGACUAAGCAACUGCACAGCCGUGAAUAUCAAGUCCCUCUAGCAGCGAAUGACAAGGGAAGAGGCAAACUCCCCUCCUUAACAACAAUGCGAUUAAAAUCUGCUGAUGAUGAUAACAAAAUUUGUGUUGUUAUGGUGGGACUUCCUGCGAGAGGAAAGUCGUUAAUUGCAGGCAAAGCAUUGCGAUACCUCUCAUGGAUUGGAAUCCCUGCAAAGAUUUUCAACGUCGGGCAAUAUAGGCGCCAGGAUACCCCACGGCCAUCGGCGUCUUUCUUCGACAACUCGAACCCGGAUGGAGAGAGACUCAGGCGUGCGGCGGCUGAAGCUGCAGUCAAGGAUAUGUUGAACUGGUUUGCAACUACAGACGGCCAAGUUGCAAUUCUCGAUGCCACAAACUCUACCAAGGAACGUAGAGAAUGGAUUUAUAACACCUGUCGUCUUGCGGGUAUCGCGCCAUUGUUCGUCGAAUCAAGAUGCGAUGACCAUGAUUUGAUUAUGAAUAACAUCCGUGAAGUCAAGACUACUUCUCCGGAUUACUUUGGACAAGACCCCGAGGAGGCUGCGAAAGAUUUUAUGAAUCGCAUCCGUAACUACGAGAAGGUCUAUCAAACAAUUGGACCCGACGAGGAUCACUAUGCUUAUGUUAAGUUAAUUAACGUAAGCACGCAAGUUAUCAUCAAUCGAAUUCGCGACUAUCUAUCAAGCCGUCUCGUCUAUUAUAUUCAAAACCUCCACAUUCGCCCUCGUUCAAUCUGGUUGUCACGGCAUGGGGAAUCCGAAUUCAAUCUCACUGGGAAAAUAGGCGGGGAUGCAAAUCUCUCCCCUCGCGGCGAGCAAUACGCACUCGCUUUGCCCGACCUCCUCCGUGAGUCCGGAAUUCCUAAAGGAGCCAAGCUUACAGUUUGGACUUCCACUCUAAAGCGCACAAACCAAACCGCGCGUCACCUUGUUAAAGAGAUGGGCUACCACAAGCUAGAGUGGAAGGCUCUCGAUGAGCUUGACUCCGGUGUAUGCGACGGUCUUACUUACGAGGAGAUUCAGUCCCGCUACCCUGAAGACUUUGCAGCGCGUGACGAGGACAAGUACAACUAUCGGUAUCGCGGAGGCGAAUCGUAUCGCGAUGUUGUCAUUCGACUUGAACCGAUCAUCAUGGAGCUCGAGAGAAGCGAAAAUGUCAUCAUCGUGACACACCAAGCCGUCCUCCGCUGCAUCUAUGCGUACUUCCUGAACAUGUCGCAGGAACAAAGCCCAUGGAUGGAGGUUCCUUUGCAUACGCUUAUAAAACUCACUCCUCGUGCUUACGGGACUGAAGAACAGCGAAUUAAAGCUAACAUUCCGGCGGUUUCAACUUGGCGUGGCAAAGGCAGCGAGGCCAAGCACCAAACUCCCGGCGAAUCGGAAGUUCAAGCCUUGCUCUCCUCUCAGCAGGAAAUACCCAUCGGCAAGACAUCUUCUGCGAACGCUACCACUUCUAUCGUGGUAGCUAAUAAUACCGGCCUUACCGAUCUUCAGCCUGCUACUGGUGACGGCCGUGUCCCUGACGCGGAGGUACCGGAUCCGGUGGACCGCAACAGUACAACUGCUGUUAAAAAUCAUUCCAGCGUUGACAGCCCUACUGAGCCACUGACUGCCACAGAGGGCGAUUUGAAAGAAGCUCCUUAGCUGGAUGCCGCCUCCAGUACUGGUCUCCUUUUUAUUUCGUGUUUAUUUGCUUGUUUGCCACAAUAUCUCUUAAAGGACUCAAGAGUUCCGUCUUCCAGAAUAGAAUUCUAUGUUAUGAGAGCAAGGCGCAUUUGAGGGAAUGCGGCAAGGACGGUGACAGGAAAAAAGUUCGCUGGAAUAGGGCGUUAGUUUAGGGAUCUUUUAUGGACCAACAGUAACUAAUGAAUGCUCCUCAGGUGGGAACAAAGUGGAAAGGUGCAGUUUGGAUUUUAAGGGUUACUUCUAAUGGGCUUAGCGAAAUCAAUAUUCUCCUUACUCUCCUCAUGUCCUAUACUGUCCGCUUCCGUAGGUCGAAGAAAUGUGGAAAGUCGUAUGGCCACU